AUGCCGAAGUUUGUCUGGAUGCCCCCGCUGCUGCCGCUGGCUGAUGGACCAUCCAAUUUUGUCCAGCUGACAAAGAGAUGGAGAUCCAAGGAGUGUGAAAUCCAUUUAAGUUUUGUGGAAAACAUGGGUGUUGGGGGAAUCCAUCCAGAAUGCAAGAUAUUCCAGCAGGUGGUCAAAGAGGAGGCUCUCUGCCUGGAACAGAAUGAAUCUGUUUCUCCUGAUCUUAAAGGAUGUGCCAGAGAUUGGGAUGGUUUAACCUGCUGGCCCAGAGCCACUUUUGGGGAAGUGGUGAAAAUUCCCUGUCCACGAUUUUUCGAAGAAUUCACCAAUACCCAUGGUUUCCUCCAGAGGAAUUGCACACAGGAGGCACAUUGGUCAGAACCAUUCCCCCCAUACACUGUUGCCUGUGGGUUUGAUGAAGGUUCCAGUAAAGGACCUGAGGAUCAGAAAUCCUAUUAUUCUGCAUUUUGGCGUGUCUACACCGCUGGCUAUGCAGCAUCAGUGACUUCACUCGUUACAGCUCUAAUUGUCUUUGCUGCCUUCAGAAAAUUCCACUGUACACGGAAUUACAUCCACAUGCACCUGUUUGUCUCCUUUAUCUUGAGGGCAAUUGCUGUUUUCACCAAAGAUGCUGUUUUGUUUGCAGAUGAAACUAUGGACCACUGCCUAAUGUCAACGGUUGCCUGUAAGGCUGCUGUGGCAUUUUUCCAGUUCAGUAUUUUGGCCAAUUUCUUCUGGCUUCUCAUUGAAGGGAUUUACCUGCAAACCCUGCUCCUGCUGACCUUUGUUUCCAACAAGCAGUUCGUGUGGUGGUUCAUAGUCACUGGCUGGGGAGCUCCUGCUGCUGUGCUGUUUGCCUGGGUCCUUACAAGAAUCCACCAACAAAAUACUGGAUGUUGGGAUGAUGAUGAAAAUGGAGUGGUCUUAUGGAUCAUCAAGGGCCCCAUCCUGAUAACUGUAUUAAUUAACUUUAUUAUAUUUAUUAAUGUGAUCAGAAUUCUAGUCCAUAAACUGAAAUCUCAAGAGGGAGGAGGGAGCCAUUCGAGCCACUUCGUGAGACUUGCUAAAUCCACGUUGCUUUUGAUCCCCCUCUUUGGAGUGCACUACAUCGUAUUUGCAUUUUUCCCAGAGAGCACUGGGCUGGAAGCUCGUUUUUACAUUGAGCUGGGCUUGGGUUCUUUCCAGGGUUUUGUUGUCGCUCUUCUCUAUUGCUUCUCCAACGCAGAGGUUCAAAGUGAACUGAAGAAACAACUGUGCAAGUGGCAGUAUCAGGAAUACCUGACCUUCACCCACAAACACGGGACUUUGUCCAGGGAAAACAGUCCCGUCAACUACGUCACUCAGUUGUCCCUGCUGGAAAAAAUCAGCCCAAAAAGGAAAACAUCUGGGUACCACAAUGGUGUAACUACUGUCUGAGGCUUUCUAGCUGUGGCAUUGGGAUGUACUACCUAAGAGAUGGCAAAUUGGAUCCUUUUGGCUUUCCAUAGUGUGAAUUCUGUAAAUUCCUUGUCCUGGUCGUGAGCUGCUUUUCUCACCUGGUACAGAUUCAUAUCCCAACCCUGGCUCUCUCUUUAAGUAUAUAAAGUCCAUUUGUUUUGUUGGGAAAAGCCAGGCCUGGGGAUAGUAUGAAUCAACAGGUUAGCACCCUAAAAAAUAAAAAAAAACCCCACAUUAACUCUCCUCAGGCCCACCACAUUUGUCGUGUCUUUGUUAGUGUUUCCCAAAUUUUCCAAUUUUCAAGUGCACUAUUCCUAAUCUUCAUUUGCAAGAGUUAUUUGGUGACCAAGUUUUGGCACAGAAAGAGUUAUUUGGUGGCAAAGCUUUGUCGUAAUAAUUACUGGUGUUGUUUUGAGACAGCUUGAGUCAGUUUAGUGGGAAUUAAGCACAGAAACUUGCCAAGCACCACCUAUGGAACAGCAACCUCCUUUAAAAGGAAUCUCAAGGUGUCUAGAAUGCCACAAAAAAACCAGACAGUUACAAUAUCUGCUCGGGUUUUUACCUUCCAUGCCUAUUGAAAAGAGAUUAAAUUAGGUCAGAGGAUCCUAAGCCCUCUCUUGUCUAUGUGAAAAUAUGGAUCAGCUGAAUAUUAGGCAGAGUAUGGAUGAAGGAAGAAAUGAGAACAAACACAAUGCAGUGUCCAGCUGGGCUGCCUUGAGCUCAGAAUGACUUAUAAACCUGGUUUUAGAGCUCAGCUGCUGCUCUUUGUGAGCUGGAACAAACCUGUCACCAUAACGCUGAGGAUUAGCUGGAUCCAUCAAUGAAACGCACAAUUAAACUGUGCUUUUGUGCUUUUUUGGGAGGGACCUGGCUUUGAGGACCAAAUUGCUGUGAUCACUGUGAUUGUCUCAGCAUUUCUCAGCUCGUUGUCACUCCACUCGAUGAUGUUUCAUGGGACAGAAUUAUCCACACUGCAGUGAGGGCAGUGAGGCAAAGCAUGGCCCAGUAAAGCUCAGAACCAAUGCUGUCCUUGCAUCACUUCUUUGGGUGACCUUCCUCUUUCUUCAGGACUGAGUUGGACUCUACCUCAACCUCUCCAAAAGUAAAGAAAGGUACACAAGAUACAGCUACAGCUCCUUUCAAGACAGGAGCAUUCCCAGGAGAACCUGCAUCAGACCUGGAAGCACUGCUGGAGACCACAGCCAUGCACAUACAUCCUGGCUUUCUGUGAACAGCAGCAUCAGUUUAGCUUAAAAAAGUAGUGUUCCAGUCCCUCAAUUUGCUCUGCUCUUGGUUAAUUAUUUGGGUU